AUGGGUCCAAAGAUAGAAGAACUACCUGACGAUUAUGAUGUAACCCAAGAAUUAAACUCAAGUGCAGAAGCCAAUAGUCGAAAGAAAUCUAAGAAACCGGCAGCAAAUCCAUUUGCUAGCACCACAAAAAAAGCAACCAUUAAAAGAGACCCAAGUGAAGUAUAUCCAAAACGUAAAGGCUUAAAUAAACCAGAAUUUAGUAGAGAUGAACCGAUUGAUAAAUUGUUUGAAAAAUUAGAGCAAUUGUUAAACUUACCUUUGGAAGAAUUAUCCAUCAGUGUUUUAAAUCAGCGUAUAUUUGAAAGACCUUUAGUCAGUAGUUCAAGAUACGAAGUGACAAACUAUCUAUUAGAUCAAUUACUUGACAUACAAAAAUGCUCAAUGGAAAAAAAAUUCAAAGAUAAAUCUAUCAUUUCUAUUUCAUUACAUGACAUCAAAACAUUUAGCAAAUUAGUCAACGUAAUUAUAAUAUUGGGAAUUUAUCCAGCUUUAAAUCAUUUUAAUAUAGGAGUACCAUUCGAAAAACGUAGAUUAAAAGAAUUGAACAGCAAAAAACCGAUUCAAGUUGAGAAAUUGUCAAAUCGGGAUGAAUCUAUAUCUUUAUUGGAUCUAAUCUAUGAAAAAUUUUUUAUAAUAUUUCAAAUCAAAUCAGAUGUAACUGACUUAUUAAGUAAAGGUACGGGUGUGUCUGACUUUAUAACUAUUGCAAUUGCUUUAAACACAAUUCCUGGAAUAUCUCAUGAGCCUUACUCAAUUCAGUACAAAGAUAUACAAAAAAUUCCGGAAACUUUUGAAUUAUUUCAAAUAUAUACAUUAUUGAUAAACACCCCGUCACCAUCAUAUUAUAAACAAUUUGUAUUUCAACAUUUGCAAGUAUUGCAUUACAAUGCACCAAACGGGGAUGGAGUUUUAGCUCUAAUUGAAUUUGUUCUAGGUAUAAGAGAUCAAGAAGAUAUUGAUAUAGCUAAAUUUGAUCAUGUUACAAGUGUUAUUUUACUGAAACCCAAAGAUAUCAAUACUGAAGCUUACUUUACGUCAAUUGGAAAUCAAUUUUACUCCCUAUUAGUUAACAUCAAUAGACCCGCUAUUACAUCAUGUGUGACGUAUGUGAUUGAAAAAUUAUGGGACAGAAAUCAAUUGAUCGUCAAAGAUUUUUUGUUGAAAAGAUUAUGGAAUAACUUUAAUCCGACUAUCAACAAUAAUGAUAAGCACAUACUCGUGACGGAAGCUGAAUUAAACAAUGCAAUAAAUGUUUUAAUAUCUUUAUCCAGGAAAGGUUUAAUCCCGGAUUUGUAUCAAGCUGUGAUGGAACCAAUAAUAUUAUCUCUAUGGGCAUACUAUUUAUCUUUAAAAAGAAAUGGGAAAUCAGUGGAAGUAAUUACAAAUAUAUUGACAAGUUACUUCACUGUAAUGGUAGAUUUUGAUGAUAAUAAAUUUGUGGGACUAGAUUUAAUAGCUAAAAACUUGAUCUAUGAAGGUGGUGAUGAUUGGGAAUAUACUUUGGGACCAAAUGGUUUAAUGGAAAUUGUCAAGAAAAAACCUAUCUACAAAUCAGAAAGUUCUAAUUAUAAAAUCAAUAAAUUCAUUGAAGAUUUGGAUUUUUGCUGUAGUAAUUUCAUGAAGUUAUUGGAAAAUGUUGAUCUUGUAACUGUCCAGGCUCUAUUUAUUUCAAUUUUGAAAACAUGGUUAAAACUGGGAGAUCGUGAUACUAUUAUGUUAGGAGAGGAAGACGAAAGUCCUUAUCUAAAACUUAUUGAUUUGAAAAUUUUAGAAAAUAUUGGAGAAAAGUUUAAAGAGAGUCUAGCGAGAACUCCAUUUGAAAUGUUGGAAAUUGCUCAAAGUUUUUUGGACUCAAAAUUGACCUAUAAUGAUAGUAAUGAAGAUGUUGAAAUGAGAAAUGAAAAUUAUGAUUCUGAUGAUGAAGAUAAUGAAGAAAAUCAAGAGGAGAUAUUACCUGUUUUAUUGGAAUUGCUCUCUGCUAUCUUAUCCGAACAAGACGUGGUAAUAGAUGAUCAAAGUCGGGAAUUGCUAAAUAACAUCAACAACUCUUUGGUCAAAUUAAGAAGCCGAAAUAUAAAUACGAAUUUGAAAAAAUCCAUAGAAUCCUUACAACAUAGAAUAACAAAUUUUUUGACAGGAGUGUCACCGCCAGCUAAUGAAUUAGACGCUCAAAAACAGGUGCUACAAAGAGCAAUAACAAGUUUAAAUGAUCCUCUAGUUCCCAUCAGAGCUCAUGGUCUAUACCUAUUACGUCAAUUGAUAAGAAUGAAAAGUGAAGUAAUUUCAUUAGACUUUGUGGUUAAUUUGCAUUUGGUACAGUUGAAAGAUCCAGAACCAUUUGUAUACUUGAAUGUAAUUAAAGGAUUAGAGUCUUUAAUUGAAUGGGAUGAAUUGCCUGUUUUAAAGAUUUUAUUAGAAAUAUACACAAACAAAGAUAAUGAUUUGGAUGAAAGACUAAGGAUUGGAGAGGUCAUAUUAAGAUAUAUUCAAUUAUCUAAUGAAAAAUUUAAUGGAGAAUCUGCGCAGCUUAUUGUUGAAUCCUGUUUAACAAUAAUAAGAAGACACGAGGGUGAUGAUGAUAGAAUGAGAAUGUCAGCUAUGUCAUUACUUGGUAUGUGUUGUAAAGUGAACCCAUUAGGACUAGUUGGAUCAUUAGGCGAUGCAUUAGAUUGUGCAAUUGGAAUAUUAAAUUUAGAGACAAGUUCUGAAAAAUCAAUAAUGAGGAGAUCAGCAAUAACAUUGAUUCAAGAUUUAAUAUUAGGGACCUCUGAAACUGAUAAAGUUAUAAUCCCCAACACUUACAAAGAAAAGAUUGUCACCUUAUUGCGGUACAUCUCAGUCACAGACACGGAUUUGUUUACAAGAGAACAAGCUCAAAGGGUAUUAGAGUUAAUCGAAGAAUUGGCCACAAGCGCAAUGGAAUUGUAUACGAACUAA